AGCAUCUGCAAAAUGUCUGCCGGUGGAGCUCACUUGAGCUCUGGGAAAAUCAAUUUAAGUCUGUUACGAGAUUUCUAUCGGCGUGAAUUCCUAGAAUGCUUAGACAAAUGCUUAGGAACAAAGGCACUUGUGUGGGACGAUGCACUGACAGGACCAUUUGGACUAAUAGCAGAAUACUCACUUCUGAAGGAACAUGAGGUGGAAAAGAUGUUCCCGCUCCGGUCGACAGGCCUUCCAAAGAACAAUGUGCAGAAUGUGCUGUUUAUCACCAGACCAAAACUGCAUUUAAUGGAGAUGAUCUCACAAAAUAUUCUGCAAGAAGAACAACAAGGUGGCUUCAGAAAAGAAUAUUACCUGGUGUUUGUCCCUCGAAAGAGCCUCUUGUGUGAGAAGAAAUUAAAGGAGAUCGGAGUGUACGGGUCCUUCACCAGUGUGGAGGAGUUUAACCUGGAGCUGAUACCCUUUGACUACGACCUGCUGUCAAUGGAGAUGGACAACACAUUUAGGGAUUGUUACCUUGACAAUGACUUCACCUCCAUGUACUAUGCAGCACAGUCACUCAUGACGUUGCAGGCAUUGUACGGGACAAUUCCAUACAUCCAUGGCAAGGGUGACUGUGCGAAGAAUGUAGUGGACAUGAUGCGACGAAUGAAGGGGGAGCUGAGUGGCCGUGAGCCGCAGAUAACACCCCAGAUAGACAACUUGCUCAUCUUAGACCGCACUGUGGAUCUUCUCACCCCACUCCUGUCUCAGCUCACCUACGAAGGCCUCAUUGAUGAGGUGUUCGGCCUUAGCAACACAAGUGUCAAACUGCCGCCAGAAAAGUUCUCUCAAAAGAAGGACGAUGGCUCCGGACCCUCAGAUGUCUCGUCUGAACCCAAGAAAAUCAUCUUGAACUCUGGUGAUGAACUGUACGCAGAUCUCAGGGACAAGAACUUCAAUGCUGUUGGUGCUAUUGUCAGCCGCAAAGCGAAAGUCAUCACCGCAGAAUUUGAUGAACGACACAGUGCCAAGACUGUGGGCGAGAUGAAACAGUUUGUGUCGAAACUACCCCACCUCCAGGCCGCCCGCCAGUCCCUGGCCACCCAUACCUCCAUCGCUGAGUUGAUCAAGGAGGCGACGGACCAGGACGAGUUCAUGGACUCCCUCCGCUGCCAGCAGGAGUUUAUUAAUGGUAUGGAGACAGACAAGGUGCACCCCUACAUAGAAGACUCCAUAGCUAAGCAGGAAGUCAUCACAAAGGUGCUCCGGCUUAUCUGUGUCCAGUCAUUCUGCAACGACGGACUGAAGCCGAAAGUGCUUGACUUCUACAAGAGGGAGAUAGUCCAGACAUACGGGUUUGAGCACAUGUUGACUUUAAUGAACCUGGAGAAAACAGGGUUAAUUCGUCCCCAUGGCAACCGCACAUACACAGUUAUCAGGAAGUCUUUGAAGCUGAUAGUCGAGGAUGUCAAUGAACAGCUCCCUAAUGACAUCUCGUACGUGUUCAGUGGCUACGCGCCCCUGAGUGUGCGCCUGGCCCAGUACCUAGCACGUCCGGGCUGGAGAAGCAUCACGGAAGUCCUCAAUCUUCUACCGGGGCCCAAAGUAGAGGAAAUACAACAGAUACCUGUAGCACUCAGGAAAAGAAGGAAUUCCAUCUCCUCCCAGCAUUCCAGUUCCGGGGAGCAGAAAGUGACGCUAGUAUUCUUCCUAGGGGGUGUGACGUUUGCCGAGAUCGCCGCUCUCCGCUUUCUGGCACAGCAGGAUGAUGGUACUGAUUAUAUUGUUGCCACAACGGCCGUCGCUAAUGCAGAGAAUUUCAUCACACCUUUAGUGGAGAAGUUUGAGUCCCAUCUAAGUGACUCACCAGCUUACUAGCUGUCUAGUUGCGGCACAGACUACUUGAUUGCAACAACCAAGAUCAUUACAGGGAAGCACUUUAUUGAGUCUCUACAGGAGAAGAUAGAGACUGUCAAACUGAACCCAUUCUGAGAAUGCCAUCUAGAGAUCAAAAUGAAGAGAAAGUCAAAAACAAGACAGGCUCUGUGCAAUUAUUGUUACAGGUUAACAUCCCAAGUUCGGGUUCAUGAUCCUUCAUGGCAUCAUAAUGAACAGCUGUAGUCUGUUUUAGAUUACAAUCACUUUACAACCAGGUGUCCAAGUAUUUGGAUAUAGGGAAGACUCUGGGGGAUGUCUAUUUGAGCCCAUAAUGUGCUCGAAUUUACUGUGUAGAGUUGUGUCCCUUUGUAAUGACCGCGACCUGAUGUCCUGCUUAUUGUGAUACUUGGAUUGUCAGCUUCAUAUUUGUUUUCCUCCUUUUCACCAAGGGGAACACUGUCCUGACUACAUCACAUGCCCCUCUCACAUGCUGUGAGGUGUUAGAAACGGAGACCUUCAAAGAUAGCGUGCGACCUUCACAGGGAGUGGCUCUCUAGUAGGUCAGAUGGUCAUACUUGGUUACCUAGCUGACAGCGUGGCAUCACUCAUCAAUGACACAGAUCACUUGAUUGGCUGGUCCAGAUGUCCAGAUCCAGGAGUAUUGCAAGGAAGUGGACAGUAACAAAAUGCUAAAAAUUUUUUUAUCAAAUACAUGUGAGUUGCAGGUGCUUGCUUAAACUUUCUGCAAACACCUGAUGUCAUCACGAAGGUCCUUUUGUACAAUUUCUAUGUGUAGUUUUUCUUUUAUGAUGAAUUUAGUUUUUACAGAAAACUGAGUCUGUAAAUCAUAAUAAAUCAAGCUGAGCUGAGCAGUUCAUAAUUGUACAGAAGAAUACAAAUUUUGUCAUUGUUAGCAUUUGUGAUGAUAGACAAUGUGUAUUAUCAUGAUGAACACUGGGUUAGCUACUGUCUGAUGUUGGUGGCCUGGGUGGUGUUGUUGUAAAACUUGUACAAAACAAUGAUGUAUUACGUAAAUGUGAUCUGUACAUAAUCAGGCUGUACAUGUACAGAGAAUACAUAAAACACUCCAAAUUAUUAA